AUAUGAUAAAUGAUUUGAAUAUUAAUUAAAUAUUUAAAAUUAAUUAAGUUUAAAUAUUUGUAAUUAAAUAUAAUAAUAAUAAUUGUUUAAUUAAAAUGAUCCAAUAUUUCAUUAUGUCCCAAGCCAAAUCUAACCCAUAUUCGAUUGGGUUAGUUUCAUUGUUUUCCUAAACCCAACCCAGAUUACACCAUCCAUAAUCUCCAAAAUCUAGUUAGAUUUGGUUCCAAGUUGCAACCUAGUGAAGAAUCCCAUUUUUCCCCAUGAAAUUGAAUUUGCCACCGUUGGUAGCAUUUCCUUCACCACAUUGGCAACAAGCUUCACCCAGUGAAGAAUCCCAUUUUACCCUCAUGAAAAAGGCCCUAUUUUCGUCUGCCACUCUCAAUCCUCUUAGGUGCUAAUCCCAAAAAUUCAAUACAAAGAUGAACAAAGUAAAAUUUAUGUGGGGUUGCUUGAGCCACAAAAUUCAACCUUUUUUCCCCAGUCUACAGGGGCAUUCAUUUUUUAUUGGGGCAAGUGGGCAACUUUCUUCUCCCCCUCUACAAUAUACCAAACCAAAUUCAAAAUUCCAAAUCCGAUUUUCCACUCUGUACUGCUGCCAUGGUAAUAAAUUAUUACUAAUAAUCCAAUCCAAAUUUCCAAAGCAUGGACUCUUUCAAACCAUGUCCUUGCGAAUCUCUCUCACAUAUUUCCUGUUGUCUCUUUGUAGCCAUUAGUUAAAAUAUUAGUUAAUUUCCUGGUUUUUUUUUUUUUCAAGCUUGGACCAUUUAACAUACAUUCUCUUGUUCAAAAAUAACUUUUUCUUUGAUCAAAUAAUAUCAAAUAAAUUCUCCAAAUAUGCUUGUUUAGAUAUUUGUGGAGUUUGUCCAUCAAUAUAUUUAUACAAAAUUACUUUAAAAUUUAGAUAAAUUUAUAAUUGGAUCAAAACAUGCUUGUUAUAAUGACGGUUGUUCCUUUAGAUAAAUUUACCAAUUGAUAUAUGAUUGUUAUAAAUUGUUGAUGACUUGAUUAUAAAUCAUUAAAUGGUUGAUGACUUCCAUUCUCUAUGUUAAUGUGAGAUUUUUGUUUCUAAUUUGAUAGAGGAAUACAAAAUGGAAUCAAACUUGACUCCAUCCUCUGGUCAAGAUUCAACUACCAAUUCUCAAUCAACUAGAAGUAAGAUCGAUCCUGCAUGGGAGCAUGUUUCUGAAGAAAGAUAUGCAAAUGGAAGGAAAACUCUUAUUUGUUUGUAUUGUAAAAAGAUUACAAAAGGUGGGGGUAUUCAUAGAAUGAAACAACAUCUUGCUGGAGUGAAAGGAGAUAUUGGUCCAUGUAAAUCGGUUCCUCCAGAUGUAAAAUUUCGAAUGGAAAAUUCUUUGCAAGAGUUUGUGAAUUCUAAGAAAGCAGCCCAAGAAGCAUAUGAAUGUAGAAAUCCUUAUGGUCUUAAUGUGUCACAAUUUGAAGGGGAUGGGGCAGAAGGUGAAGAAGAGGUUCAACAAAUGCAAAGUCCUAUGGCAGCUAAUAGUGGAAAAAGGAAAAAAUCAACAGUGGAUAAGUAUUUUGCACCAAGAAAUAAUCAAAGAGCUCAACUUUCCAUGAGGAGUGUACUAGCUGGGAAAAAAGCUAUUUGGAGAGCGGAUAUGGCAGUUGGGAGAUUCUUUUAUGAUGCAUGCAUUCCUACUUCAAGCCAAUGUUGGAUGCUAUAUCUGCAAUUGGUCCUGGAUAUAAGGGUCCAAAUUACCAUCAACUAAGGGUUAAUCUUUUAAAGGAUGCCAAGAAGGAAGUUCAGUUACUUGUGGACUCUUAUCGUGCAAUUUGGGCAAAAGUUGGGAGUACAAUAAUGGGUGAUGGUUGGACAGAUAAUAGACAAAGAACACUCAUCAACUUCCUUGUGUAUUGUCCUAAAGGAAUAUCAUUUGUGAAAUCCGUUGAUGCUUCAGACAUUGUCAAGGAUGCAACUAAUUUGUUUCAGUUAUUUGAUGAGGUGAUUGAAUGGGUUGGUCCACUCAAUGUAGUUCAUAUAGUCACUGAUAAUGCAACAAAUUAUGUGGCCGCGGGGAGAUUGAUUUCUCAGAAGCAUAAACACAUUAAUUGGUCACCUUGUGCAGCUCAUUGUCUUAAUUUGAUCUCUAAGGAUAUUGGUAAGAUGGACCAUGUUGCUGAACUUGUAAGACGUGCAUCAAAGGUGACAAUUUUUGUGUAUAAUCAUGUUGCUUUGUUAAGUUGGUUGAGAAAAAGGGAAGGAUGGACAGAGAUUCUGCGGCCUGGUGCAACUCGCUUUGCUACUACUUUCAUUGCACUCAAGAGUCUUCAUGAUCAUAAACAUGACUUGCAAGCUUUGGUGACUAGUAAGUUCUUUGUGGACUCUAGAUAUUCAAAGGAUUAUAAAAGCCAAGUUGCAGCUUUCAUCAUCUUGGAUAAUAGAUUUUGGAAUGAUUGUUUGAUUGUUGUGAAUCUUAUGUCUCCACUAAUGCGCUUAUUGCGUAUUGUUGAUUGUGAUGAGAGGCCUUCGAUGGGAUAUGUGUAUGAAGGCAUGUAUAGGGUUCGUUUGGGCAUCAAGAAAUUGUUUAACUACAACAAAAGACUAUACAAGCCUUAUACGGAGAUCAUAAAGCAACGUUGGGAUCAACAACUGAAGAAAAGCAUUCAUUCAGCAGCUUAUUGGUUGAAUCCAUGUUUCCAAUAUGAUCAGGAAAACUUUUGUAAUAAGUCAAAUGUUAUUGGAGGUGUCAUGGAUGUUAUUGAUCAAAAAGUUCUGAAAGGCAAGCUUGAAACAAUGAAUGAAAUGAAGUUAUUUCGUGAUCAAUUGGGAAGUUUUGGAAGAGAAUUUGCUUAUUCUUCACGUGAAGUACUUCAACCUGAUGAAUGGUGGAGGCUACAUGGAUACAGUGCACCACAUUUGCAAAAGUUAGCCAUUCUAAUAUUGAGCCAAACCGCAUCGUCUUCUGGAUGUGAAAGGAAUUGGAGUGUCUUUGAACGUAUACAUACCAAAAGAAGGAAUAGAUUGGAACAUCAAAGGCUUAAUGAUCUUGUAUACGUUCAUUAUAAUUUGCGCCUAAAAAAUCAGUUCUAUAACAAGAAAAGAAUCUAUGAUCCAAUUGACUAUGCAUGCAUUGAUAAGACCAAUUUUUGGGUAGUUGAUGAUGAUCAACCAGCAGAGUUAGAUGUUGAAGAAUUGGAAAAUCUUCUAUAUGAAGAAGGGUCAAUUCCAAUAAAUGAAGUGGAAGGUUCAAGUUCUCACAUUGAUGAUGAGGAUGGUGGUGACGUGGCUAUAGAAGGGCUUGAUGUGGAGAACUUUGGUUUUCCAAAUGCUCAUGUUCAAUCUCCAUAUUCCAAUUUCCAAAAUGAAUGAAGACAUGAAUUUUAUAUUUAUUAGUAUGCAAAAAACUUCAUGAAUAUUCAAACAUUGACAUGUUAUAUUUUUAUUUUGAGUAAUUAUUUAAGUGUUGUGGACC